CGGCGCCCCGGGAGCGGGGCCGGGCCGGACGGCUGGCCCUAAUCCGGUUAAGGGGGGAUUAGCCCGGCGGUUUAAAGGCCGGAGCGGCUCGGGGAAGGGGUGCGAGGAGCGGCUCGGGGAGGAAGCGGCGGCCGCGGAGCAGCGGGACGGGCCGGGACAGCCCGGCAGCACCCUCAGCGUAAACCAUGCCGGCCAUCAACAUCGAGGACCUGAGCGAGAAGGACAAACUGAAAAUGGAAGUGGAGCAGCUGCGGAAAGAAGUCAAGCUGGAGAGGCAGCCGGUGUCCAAGUGCUCCGAGGAGAUCAAGAACUACAUCGAGGAGCGGUCGGGCGAGGACCCGCUGGUGAAGGGCGUCCCUGAGGACAAGAACCCCUUCAAGGAGAAAGGCGGCUGUGUCAUCGCCUGAGGCUGCCAGUUCCCAGCUCCACUGCUCCUUGUCCUACACACUCAGGAGCAGAUCUUCUUCUCCUUUUUUUUUUUUUUUUUUUUUUUU